AUGGAUCUUGAGCAUAAGCUGGGGGUGGUGUCGACGGAUUGUGGUGAGUGUUGUCGGGAACACUGCGAUGAAGCCGAUCGCAGCCUGAGUAAUAUCAGUAUGGAUUUCAUUGUCAAAGGAAGCCGAGUUAUUAUUACCAUAAGUGCCAUCAACGUUGGGCCAGCGAUUGGUCUCGGGACUGGGGUGGAUGAGCCAUGGAACUUGAUUAUCAUUGUGCCAUGA